GAUUCGUUCGUUUAGAGAAAUAAAUCGCUGCUGCCGUUGGCCCCAAAACAAUGUAUCGAACGCGAAGCGGCAACAGCGUUGCCAUGACUUUGCUUUGGCUCGCUGCACUCGACGUUGCAGCCGCACCAGCAGCAGCGUUAGCAAUAACGACAAAUGCCAGCGCGGCAAUAACCAGUGCAACAACAACAAUCGCUGUCACAACAACAACAACAACAACAACAACAACCACAACAACAAUAACUGCCUCAAAUCCGCAAAUCCCAUAUACAGCAAAUCGGAAAAUAAUUCCAAAUAUCCCACAAUGGCUAAGAAUGGCAACAGUUGCAGCGUCCGCAUCGCCAUACGCGCCCGCAUCCGAACCAGCUGCUGGCUUACCGCGCACAACAGCGUUGGCUCUGGCCUCAGCUUCAACGCUAAUAUCCACGCUGCCGCCAUUGAGUCAAAGCAAUGCUGCAAAUUACUUCACUUUAGUCGGCAAAUUUAAUCCGGUCGGUGUGGCGGCAUGGACGAGGGCAGCCGAGGCAGCAGCUGUAAAUGCAGCUGUUGCUGCCACAACGUUUGACAGUAAUCCUAAUACCAACAGUGGAAAUAACAAAAAUAACCCUACUUUCACCACACCGUUAAAUGUUAGUCAACAUCCUGGCGAGCUGUGCAAUCGCCACUGCAUCGCUGGCGACAGUCGCAUUUGCUAUUUCAAAUUUACACUAGAACAUUACCAGGUCAUGGGRGUCGCUUGUGGCCGUUGCGCGCUCGGYAUCAUCGCCGAUUGCUAUGCACCACAAUGCAUCUUGGCCGAUGGUUAUGAGAAGGGUGUAAUGAGCAUUAACCGGCAACUACCCGGUCCAGCCAUUCAGGUGUGUCGCGGCGAUUUGAUUAUAGUGGAUGUGGCUAACCAAGCCCUUGGUACUGCAGCUGCUAUACACUGGCAUGGUCAGCAUAUGGUUGCGACCCCCUGGUCGGAUGGUGUACCCUUUGUCACACAAUGCCCCAUACAUUUUUCCAACUCGUUCCGUUACCAUUUUUGGGCCACCGAAGCGGGUACGCAUUUCUACCACUCGCAUUCAGGUCACCACAAGGUCAAUGGUCAAUAUGGCGCCCUAAUUGUGCGCGAUGAACCGGCUGCUAUGCUUAGCAAAGACACAUAUGAUUUCGAUUUACCUGAACACUAUAUACUCAUAGCCGACUGGAUGCAUACGUAUGGCGAACAAUAUUUUCCUGGCGAGCCUUCUUCAGCUGGCAUAUUUCCAGAUUCUGUGCUGAUCAAUGGUCGCGGUAUAUAUUAUACCAAAGAGGGUGUACGUGUGCCAACUGUGGUGCCACCAAUGCGUUAUUAUGUUUUACCGGGAAAACGCUAUCGUUUCAGACUUAUAAAUUCGAUUAGUCACUCGUGUCCGUUUCAAUUGCAGGUAUUUAAUAACUACUGUCGAUUACGUGGCUCUUGUAAGCGAACUUUUUUUUUUCUGUGGGAUUUACAGAAGUCGUUAAGCUGUCUGAAGCUUUUCCUAAUAUUAUUUUUAAUACAGUGCUUGAGUUUAAUAAAAGCCAUUCCAUUACAUUUCCAGAUCGAGCGUCACAACAUGAGCAUCAUUGCUUCCGAUUCUUAUGAUUUGAAGCCGUACGCCUUCGAUACAAUCAUCUCAAAUGCCGGUGAGCGCUACGAUUUCGUUGUAUUCACUAAUAAUACUGUGGGUGAUUACUGGAUUCGUGUACGCGGUAUGGGUGUUUGUGCCAUCUUGCCGACCGAGUCCUUUGCUCUGCUACGUUAUGUGAGUAAUGAAGUUACUGUAGAUUCUAAUGAGGAACGGCCAUUACCGCCGAUGCCGUUAUAUAAUGAAACCUACGUUUCGGGGGUGUUCCUCAAUCACCCCAAUGGCAGUUGUGGCGCCAGUGACAAUCACUGCAUUAGCGAAUUGGAGUCACUAGAACAGGACGARACACUGCGCACUGCCACACCGGAUCACCAGUUCUUCCUUGCAUUUCACAAUUUUCCMGUGCCAAAUAGUGAAAUCUUCAAAAAUGGCAACUACUAUCAUUUUGCGAAUCUGCAGAACAAUCUAACUAUUGUGGGCGCUAUCAACAAUUUAAGYUUCGUCUUUCCAAGCUACCCACCGCUAACGCAACCCGAGGCUAUGAACGAUACACAAUUUUGCACUGAACUUGAACGUCCGGCUCAUUGUCGUGGUAAUCGCCUCUGUCCGUGUGURCAUCGGCUGCUCGUCCGGCACGGUAGUGUGGUCGAGCUGAUAUUAGUCGAUGAAACGGAAUUGGUCGGUCGCUUGCAUCAUCCAUUUCAUUUGCACGGCCAUCGUUUUAUCGUUACUGCCUUGGGACGUGAUUCYACUGGAAUGCCAUUGACUAUUUCAACUGCCAAACGAUUGAAAGUCAACAACAAUUUGUUGGCACACAACAGCAACAACACAAGGCCACCAUUUAAGGAUACCGUAUCGAUACCGAGUCGCGGAUAUGCAGUCGUACGCUUUCGAGCUGAAAAUCCAGGAUUCUGGCUAAUGCACUGCCACUAUGAAUGGCACUUGUCCAUCGGUAUGGGCUUAAUUCUGCAAGUGGGCAACACCAGCGAAAUGGUGACAACACCAAAAGGAUUCCCCAGCUGUGGUAAUUACCUACCCGAACUGAAUGAGCUGCAAGCAUUUCGCGCUAAAACAUURUAUUUCAUGUAAUAUAAUAUGUA